CAGUUUAAAUUUAAAGACAGGAGGGUUCCAUUUCUACUGCUUCCCGAGCUCGACGCAACCCUGAUUGAUUGUGAUCGUGAUUCGUGAGCUACAAGGCAAUGGUUUACGUAACUUCGUGGGACGAAUUCGUCGAACGAUCCGUUCAGUUGUUCCGUGCCGAUCCUCAUUCUACGCGCUAUGUCAUGAAGUACAGGCAUUGUGAUGGCAAAUUGGUACUCAAGGUCACCGAUGAUCAUCAGUGUCUGAAGUAUAAGACAGACCAAGCACAAGAAGCCAAGAAGAUGGAAAAACUGAAUAAUAUAUUCUUUACUUUGAUGGCUCGGGGACCAGAAGUGGAUCUAUCAGAAGUCACUGGGAAAGAACAAAUUGGUACACAAACGUCCAAGAGAGGAAGAGGAAGGAAGCAAUAACUGAUGUAUCUGGCUGACAAAAUAGUCUUCAUGAAUAUUAGGGAAUCAGUAAUGAUUUGAUAGUUUUUUGUUGUUUUUUUUUUUGUCCAAAAUCAUACGGCAAUGUCUUGGUUGCAGUUACAAUUUAUUUUGCUAUCUUAAUUCUCUUUUCUCAAAUAUUAAUCCUGGGUAUGGUUUUUGCCAACAAAAUUAUUCACAUAUCCUUGGCAAAUUGGCGGUACCUUUACUAUUGCUUCUUGUAAUUAAAUAUUAAGAAAUACUAGCAAUAUACUCUUUGAUCCA